AAUCAGUCAGUAGUUGAGAAGCGAGACGAGAGCACUGAGCGAGGCCCUUGUUGUAUAUAAGAACGUCUGCUACAUGGCACAUCAUCUCAUCAUCAGCACUGGUCUUCACCACCUUCCAAUCGCUUUCACCCUUUUGAUACUCUCGCUACAACUAUUUCACACGCUCACUCACUAUGCGUUCUUACCACCUUCUUGUGGCGACUGCCGCCCUUGUAGCGGCCUCGCCUGCUCCCCAAAGCUUCGAUGCGCCUGAGAAAAUCGUCAACGAUGUUGCCCAGGGCCCCAAGAUGGGUGUUAUUUCCGAGGUCGGCAAAUACGACCAAAAGAAGGCUCUCGCUGUCGCCGCUGAUGCCGGCUCCAAGCCUGCGGCUGCUCAGGCAGCCAAGAGGAAUAUUGAGGCCCGCUCCCCUACCUUCGGUUGGUGGGACUGGUUCAACUCUGGAACUGCUCAGACCUACAACAAGCCCCAGCCCCAGCAGUACGGCAGCAACCUACCUCCUCCUCCUAACCCUGUCUACGUAGCAGGUGGUGCUCUUCCUACUCCUCCUCCCGUUGGUGGCAACCCACCAAGUGGCCCUACUCCCACCCAGCCUCCUACUCCUGGCAAUGCUCUGCCUACUCCCGGCGAGUCGUCGACCAAUCUUGCUCCCUCCUCUUGCGCCCCAGUCGACUGGAUCAACACCUGGUCCUUCACUGCUGACCCAGCCUGUGCUACUCAAAUCGAGGUCGGCACCUACUGUGGAUUCAUCAACCCUCUCGACCCUUGCGCUGCUCAGCCCAACGCGUACGGACCUCCCACCGUCCCUGACACCGUCGAUGCUUUCAAGAACAACGAUGUUUACCACAAGAUGGCCACCUCUGCCCAGACUCCUUCCGGCUGGGACAAGGCGUUCACCGACUUGAGCGCCUCCGUCUCCGGCAGCGGAUACCUUGGAUACUUCGAACUCACCAGCUACGACCCUCUUACCUGCGCCAAGAAGUGCGAGGCGACCGAGACCUGCACUGGCUUCAACGUCUUCGUUGAGCGCGACCCCAAGUGGAACCCUGAACAGUGCUCUUGCAAGGAGGCUGACUCUGUCACCCGCUUCAAGUGCACUCUCUGGGGUCAGGAUGUUACCAAGGAGUCUGCCACCAACAACGGCCAGUAUCAAGCCGGUUUCGAGGUCGUCAUUGUCGCUUCCAACGGAUACAACAAGAAGAACUACGUUCCCCCUACUCCUCCUUCUUGCAGCAAGCCCCAGUCUUGCGGCAAGCACUUGAUCAACCAGCAGCCCUACUGCAUCGGUCAGACCACCAUCCCCGGACCCUUCGACCCUGCCCUCUGCGCCGCCUACGCCCAGAAGCAGAACGAGGCCAACAGGAAGCAGGGCUGGCUCGCUCAGUGGAUGUCCCUCUUCGGCUACAGCAAGAGCGGCUGCGUCCAGUUCCAGGCUGCCUACCUUGAGAAGAACGGCGUCGGUUUCGGUACCCACUGCCGUCUCUACACCAGGAAGUUCACCCCCGCCCAGGCCAACCUCGACAUCAGCAUCAACACCCAGAAGAAGUGGGGCUGCCAGAAGUCCUUCAUCUUCGACGUUGAUGUCAACGCCAACUUCAACUGGGGCAGCCGAUAAAUGCUGCCCAGCAUUCAAAACAACCAGCAACGACUCAUGUUCCCAACCGGGUGAAGACGCAUGAACCAGGAAUCCUGAUCGGAUAUGGUGGAUGUUAAUGAGUAGCUAAUCUUUGGUCUCGGAGUUUUCAGCUUUUGCUUUCCAUGUAUAUACCAACCUGACUUUACCUUGGGCCCUUGUCUGCCCGCCGCAUAGUCGCUCCUUAAAAUCGUUUAUAGCAACGCUUGUAGUCGUAAUGUAUCAAUAAUUGCAUUUGGCAAACCAAAAAGUCCGCCCU